AGUGGUAAGUCUUCGGUAAUGGAAUUUAGAACCCAAACCGACUUAGCAGGAGAGAGAGGCUAGAAGAGCGAUGGAUGGAGACGCCGCGGCGAGGACGACGACGCCGACGCGAUCGGACCGGUGGGGCCAUCCGGUGAGGACGACCUCCGACGCCUGCAUCGCCGCUGUCGACUCCUACUAUGAGCAAUUCCUCUCCUACGGCCGGAACCGAGCUGUCAUCCUCCAGGCCCCGCUCCACGAUCCCUCCUGCGUCCUGGCCAACUCCCACGCCGCCCACUUCCUCGCCCCCAAAAACCCCUCCAAAGCCUCCUCCCUCCUCGCCGCUGCCGCCUCCUCCCUCGAGAAUGCCACUUCGUACGAGAAAGCGGUCUUCAGAGCGAUUUCUUGCUUGGUGGGAGAGGAGAAGGAUGAGGGCACUGCCGUUGAGCGACAUAUGGAGUUGCUGAUGGAGUUCCCUAAAGAUCUGGUGUCACUUAAGAGGGCUCAGAUCCUAUGCUUCUACAUGGGUCGGGCUGAUUUAUCACUGAAUCUAGUCGAACAGGUACUGCCACAAAAUGAAGAUCAGAGCUACAUCUAUGGCAUGCUUGCUUUUCCAUUAUUAGAGCUUGGAAGGAUGUCUGAAGCUGAGAAGGCUGCAAGGAAAGGAAUUGACAUCAACAAACAUGACUUGUGGUCACAACAUAAUUUAUGCCAUGUUUUUCAGUAUGAAUGUCGUUUUAAAGAAGCCGUGGAUUUCAUGGAAGCUUGUUCUUCCUUGUGGAGUUCCUACUCCUCGUUCAUGUAUACUCACAAUUGGUGGCAUGUUGCUGUUUGUUAUCUAGAAGGUGAUUCUCCACUGCCCAAAGUUCUAGAAGUUUAUGAUCACUAUAUCUGGAAGGAACUGGAACAAAGCGAUGCUGAGCCAGGAGAGGUAUAUGUAAAUGCUCUAGGCUUAUUGAUGCGGGUCUAUGUGCGGGACCACAUGGGUUAUAUCGAGGAAAGGUUGUUGACACUAGCAGAUCGACUUGAGGAUAAGUCUAUAUGGCAUAUGGAGUGGUUGCUUGAUCUGUUGGCACUGUGGGCCUUAGCUAGUACAAACAAGAUACAUAAAGCAGAGGACCUACUCAAGUCCAUGAAGUCAAGGAUCUAUUCGAUGGGCAGGAAGAAACAACACAUAAUGCAAAGGGGGAUACCACUUGCAGAAGCCAUUUACGAAUAUGGAAGGGGCAAUUAUCAGAAAGUGUUUGACAUUCUUGGUCCAAAAUUUAAUGCCAUUGACUUCAAAAUCAUUGGAGCAUCUGAUGAACAACUUGAUGUCUUCAAUGAAGUUUGGAUCAUUGUUUUGUUGAAAGUUGGACAAGCCUCCAAGGCAAUUGAAGAAAUUGAGAAACAAGUUAGCAUAAGGGAUGGGGCACCUUUCUUGUGGCGCUUGCUGGCGACGGCAUAUACUAUGGAGGGCAGGCCAAAUGCUUCCGUUGCAGCUGAAAAGGCAAAGGCUCUAGAGCUUGCUUAUUUUAGAUAAAUGGUCUGGAAUUAAGCUGUUCGCUCCUUCAUUUAUCAGUAAUAAUGUCAGUAAAGGCACUUAGUUUUUAUCAGUGUGUCAUUAACGGUUUUAUUGUGCGAGAAAGAUGUUAUUAAUGCAUAUAUUGUUGAAAAGAACCAAGUGUUUGGGUUUUUUUUGGGUUGGACAUCACUUUGCAAGGAUUUGUUGUGCACAUAUCCUCCUAAAUAUUAAAAUUUGCAUAAA